AUGAGCAUUUUGGAAUUUGAGGGGUUAUUUUGGUCAAUUUUGGGAUUAUUCCAGGAAAUUUGGGGCUACUUUGGUCAUUUUGGGAAUAUUUCAGGGUUUUUUUGCAUUAUUCUGCUCAUUUUGGGGUUAUUUUGGGCAAAUUUUGGCUGUUUCGGUGAUUUUGGGGUUCUUUCAUUUUGUGCAUUAUUUUGGUCAUUAGUUGGGUUAUUUUUGACCAUUUUUGGGGUUAUUUUUGCCCAUUUUUGGGGGUUAUUUUGUCCAUUUCUGGGGUUAUUUUUGCCCAUUUUUGGAUUAUUUUGGCCCAAUUUGGGGCCCAUUUUGGGGUUAUUUUUGCCCAUUUUUGGGGUUAUUUUUGACAAUUUCUGGGGUUAUUUUAGCCCAUUUUUGGGAUUAUUUUGGCCAUUUUGGGGCCAAAUUUUGGCCCAUUUUUGGGGUUAUUUUUACCCAUUUUGGGGUCCAUUUUUGGGAUUAUUUUUGCCAAUUUCUGGGGUUAUUUUUGCCCAUUUUUGGGGUUAUUUUUACCCAUUUUGGGGUCCAUUUUUGGGGUUAUUUUUGUCCAUUUCUGGGGUUAUUUUUGUCCAUUUUUGGGGUUAUUUUUGCCCAUUUUUGGGGUUAUUUUUGCCCAUUUUUGGGGGUUAUUUUUGCCCAUUUUUUGGGUUAUUUUUGGCCAUUUCUGGGGUUAUUUUUGCCCAAUUUUGGGGGUUAUUUUUACCCAUUUUUGGGGUUAUUUUUGCCCAUUUCUGGGGGUUAUUUUUGCCCAUUUUUGGGGUUAUUUUGGCCGUUUUGGGGCCCAUCCCGGGGGCUCCUCUCAGGGGGGGGGUUGGGGGUGCAGUGGGGGAGGGGCAGUCGGAGGUAGGUGCUUUAAAGUCCAUUUCUUUUUGUGUUUUUUUGUUAUUUUUUUAUAAAACCAGGCACAUUCAGUCCACGGGACCCAGGGAGGGGCAAAAUUUGGGAUUUUUGGGGGGAUUUGGGGAAUUUUGGGGGGGUCCCCACAGCCCCAAACCCCUCCCCGGUGGCGUUUUGGUGCCAAAAAGGGGCUUUUUCUCCCCAAAAUCCAACCUCAACCCCUCCCCCACCCCAAAACCCAACCCUGGGGGGGGGAGGGGAGCCAGGGGAAAACCCCAAAAUUGGGGUUUUUUGCCCCAUUUUGUGCCAGCCAGGGAGGGGUGGGGGGAGAAUCCCCAAAUCCAGGGAUUUUGCCCCAUUUUGGGGUGGUGGGGGAGGGGUAAGGCCUCGGGGUGA